AUGGUAAUGGAAAGUAUCGAUCUCGGAGAUCGGCGAGAGCUUAUUGAUCUCAUAUAUGGGCCACAAAAAGGAGAGAUUGACAAAACGCCUACAGCCUCCAGUACCACGCUAACGCCUAGAACGGAGAAUGAGAAGAUCAAAAAGACGAAAAAGUCUCGUGUGGUAUGCUCUUACACCACGAUUUUGUUGCUGUUCAUUUUGGCAGCUGCCGCUGUCAUUCUCAGCGGAUUUAUCUCCUAUUGGUUAACUCGUCAAGAAUACGAGAUGAAACUGGCCGCAUUGCCGUUUGCUGCAAUCCCAAGGAGAAAUGUGACAAAGUUAAUGAGAGAAGAAGAAACAUAUGAGGAAGAAGAGCCGAGUGAAGGGCCAACUAUGGAAGAGCUUCGAUUGCCGGACACUCUCGAACCAAUCUGGUUAGUACAACAUGACUUGAGAUGUACCUGCCGGGAUAUGUCGCGUUGCCCUGAGGGCAAAAAUUUCACUACUGACGGCAACAUUUUGAUCAAAUUAGCUGUAAAGCAGCCUACCACUGAGUUAUACGACGCUAAGGACCUCAGCUUUCCCGUUGAUGCCAACAAAGUGAAGAUCUUGACGGAACGCUUUGCCACAAGAAGCGAACGGCAGGUGAUGGAUGACUCUUCUUUGCCAUUUAAUGGCCGAAUUUCGGACAAUCUUACUGGUCUUUUCGUUUCUAGUUACAUGAGGAGCGAUGGACGGAGCAGAUUGGCAGCAGUCACGGAUAUCCAGCCAGGAUCGGCUCGGACAUUAUUUCCAUGCUUUGACGAGCCUCAUUUCAAAGCCCCGCUGUCGCUUACUAUUCUUCAUCCAAAAGGAACCACAGCCACAGCGAAUGCAAUGGAGAUCGCAGCCGGGCAGGCAACAUCUGAUCCAAUGUGGCUGAAAACGUCUUUCGACGCCACCCGACCAUUACCCACGUCCUUGACAGCUUUCACGUUGACCGACUUUGUAAAAGCUCAGACAACCACGGACACCGGAGCUAAGAUCAGAGUUUAUUCCCGCCCAGAAGCCAUCAACUCAACCGAAUUCGCCUUAGAAACGUCCGCGAAGGUCCUUGAAUUUCUUCAAAGAUACCUUGCUGUUCCUCCCAGGAGCGCCAAACUGGACGUGUUCGCUCUACCCGAGCUGGCAAAGGCCGAGAUGUCUGGCGAUGGAUUGAUCUUGGUUCGAGAAGAUCGUCUGCUUUAUGAUCCCAAAUUGGACACCAUCGAAGGAAAGGUGCAAGUCGCUCAGACCAUCUGUCAUGAAUUCACAAAACAGUGGUUUGGAAAUGUCAUGGGAAAAUCGGACUUGAGAGGAUUGUGGAUGAACGAUGCCCUGGCUAAGUACAUGGAGUAUAUUUGUCUGGAAAACCUUUUCACAGGAUUAGACAAGAACAGCUACCAGACGGUUGACUCUGUGGAACAAGCUCUUCUCGAUGAUGCCCGUUCAUUAUCUCAUCCAAUGGUUCUCGAUAUGGAAAGCCCUUCUGGAGCAGGGUUAAUGGCAGAUGAAAUAACAAGCGAUAAGGGAGCUGCGCUGUUACGUAUGCUGAAAGAGGUGAUUGGAGAGGACAAUUUCCAGCGUGGUAUUCAGGUAACACUCACACAACUUUUACAUUUUUUUUGA